GGAGAGCACGAUCCUCGCAGGGUUUAAGUCCACCGGAGCAUGUCAUGCCCAGACGGAUAGCAGGCUUGUUGUUCGGGCCGAUGCAUGACAGCAGACAUUAUUAUUAUUAGAAUUAUUAUUUUUUGUAUUAGAGACGCUCAGACGACUCGGAGAUGGGGAGCACGUUUGCAGCUGGAAGACCCUCAAUUUCGCCAUGAAAACAGCUAUAUUCGCUUUCGGUUUUCUGCAGCCUCCAUCUAGGAUCCUUUAAUCUAAACUUCAGGCUCGAACCCUCGGGGAUGUGAAGCGCUGCAGGCGGCGCUGAUGGAGCUGCAGGAGUUGGGCUGGCUGGGUCUGGUGGCUCUCUUCUUGGCCUCCCUGCUCAUCGUGCUGGCAUGGCUGCUCCAGUACGGGCUGUCGGUGCUGCGGCUCUGGAGGUCCGGGAAGACCGCGGCCCGGGAUCAGCAUCAGCACCAGACCCAUCAGAGCCAUCAGACCCAUCAGAGCCACCAGGCCGGAGGAGUGUGGCGCUUCCUGCUGAAGCUCUGCUCCGGCAAGGAUGGAGGAGCUGCACCCGAGGCUGGAGUCAGGGGCUUGUUGGCCUCUCUGUUCUCCUUCAAGUCCUUCAGGGAGCACUGGCAGAGGACCUGGGUCAGGGCUCUGAACGAGCAGGCCUGCAGGCAUGGGAGCUCCCUCCAGAUAACCUUUGACAGCAGUCUCCAGUUAACUGCUGCAUCUGCAGUGGAGAGCGUGACCUGCACCGAGCAGUCUCCCAGCAGGAUGGUUUUACAUUGUGCGUUAUGGAUGGACACGGUGGCGUUUCCCGUGACGGUCACUCAGCAGUCGCCUGCCGCCGUUUCCAUGGACACCUACCAGAUCACCACCGCGCCCAUGGUGGCAGAGGUGGUGGUGUGUCUGGAGGAGGUGGAGGGCGAGGGUCUGCUGAUGUCCUGGACUCUUUCCAAGCAGCCGUCGGUGUGUCUGACCGUGUCCCCGUGCAAGCUGCAGCGCCGGGGCACCGAGGGCGAAGCCGACCUGGACAUGAUCAGAGGGAUGAUCGAGGACACUCUCUUCAGCGCUCAGCCGGCCAUGGUCCUCAACCUCAGGAUGUCUGCGUCCAGUCCUCUGUCCCCAGCAGACCAUCUCUCGGUGGGACCGAGCCCCCCGUCCCAGAGCGUCCUGGUGAGGCGGCUCCUCGUCCGACAGCUCGGCGUGACCUUGAGCAAAGGCCAGUGGUCCAGAUCGGGGGAGCUGUGCUGCGUCCUGAGCCUGGACCGGCCCUCGGCGGAGAGGAAGACCUGCUUCCUGCCAGCACCCAGCAGCCCCGCCGCUGCUCUCGAAUGGAGAGAAGAUAUUGCACUGGAGCUCGGCCCGGAAACCAAAGAGCUCAGGAUACGCCUUCAGGAGCGGAGCGGCGCCAGAGAACAACUUCUUCCGGGACACGCCUCCAUUUCCUUGAACUUCCAAAAUAAAAGUCCAGCCGGACCACGUAAAGUGUCCAUCAGCCCCGGUCCUGGACUGGCGCCCAGCGCCACCGUCACCGCCGAGCUGCACUUCACAGAAACCGAGGAGCCUCGCGGCCCCCACAAUGCUCUGCCGCUCCGCUCCUCUCUCACCCCCAGCAAGAAGGUGGACGUGGACCGGACCGUGAUGCCGGAUGGAACCAUCGUCACCACGGUCACGACCGUCCAGUCUCGGCUGAAGCUCGACCGCAGCCCAGGGGAUUCGCCGCUACGCUCCCCGUCCAAGGUGGAGCUGCUGGAGAAGACGUCCGCCGCCCCGUCGGACGGGAGAGGGAGCCCCAACCCGAGCAAAAGCAGUCGCCUCUCUAAUGGCCUGGAUCCUGUUGCAGAGACGGCCAUCCGGCAGCUGACCGAGUCCGCGUCCAAGGCAGCGCGCAAGACGCCCACGAAGAGGAGCACGCUGAUCAUCUCCGGCGUGGCCAAGGUUCCCCUCGCAGAGGACGACUGUGCGAUCUCAAGCGGCUACGCGGCCGCCAUGGACGCGGCCAUGCACGGCAACCACUGCAGGGCAGGGCACCCCCAGGACCCCGAUGAGACCACACCCUCCGACGUGUCGGAGCGCCCCUCCGUGGACGACGUGGACUCAGAUACCGGCUCCGCCGGUGCCUUGGAAACCCGCAGCCUCAAGGAUCAUAAAGUGAGCUUCCUGCAGAGCGGCACAAAGCUGCUGUUCCGCCGCAGACAUCGAGAGAAGGAGCCCUGCCUCAGCCAGUCCCACGAAAACAUCUCCAACAUGGACAGCAACUUUGCCGCAGAAGCUGCGUCCAGCAGCCGCAAGAAGUCCGGCAGCUUCUCCCGGCGGCUCAUCAAGCGCUUCUCCUUCCGCUCCUCCGGUAAGUCGAAAGCCAAAGCUCCCGCCAGCAACGGUGGAUCGAGCUCGGUGGAUAACUGAUCCCCUCUCGAGUCCGUCAUCGCUGUCAAUGCAGCCACCAGAUGUGAGGAGCUGAACGCCCGGGGAGGGCAGUAACUCUUACCCCUACAAAGGGAGGAUGAACCUCACGCACCUUCAGGACCCAACCUGAAACAAGAUGAUGAAAUCUAUUUUCUUUGAGAAGAAAAAAGUGCUGCUUAGUGAGAAGAAAGGAAACACUACGAUGAAACUUUGGUGGUGGAAAUGCUCUUAAACUACUUAAUGAGGUGAAAUGACGAGGUGAUAUUACCGGUUGCACACUUUGAACUGUUUUUUCUUUUUUAAUGGUAAGUUGUAAAAUUCUUUAUUGUAAAAAGAUAAUUUAUUAUUACGUGAAACUAAUGAAAUGUGCUAUUUAUUUUCUCUUUUCGCCAAAUGCAAUCAUCCCAGUUGAAUUACACUGUAAAAUCAAGAUAUCGUCAUCCUCUUUCUUUUUAUUAUGCAAAUGUGAUUUUAAACAUAAGUUAAAGAGACGUCUCCGUCGGGCCAUACUGUGCAUUCAUCACUGCUCAUGAAUUGUUUUUAGGAUGUUGCUUCAUCUUUUAUCAGAUAUAAAAAUCUAUAUAUUUAUUGUGAUUUUGUGUUAUGAAGUCACAUUCCUAUGAAUUAUAAGUUAUGUUUGCUUGCAGACUUUUAAUGUUGGGAAAUUAGUUUAAAGUCAAGAAAGAAAACAAAAUCUGAAAGUCUCUCCAAUCAAAAAGUUGGUGACCAGGCGCCGCCGUGGCGCCGGCUGAGCGUGGUUCCGCUUCGUUAUUGUAAUAGCUGGAUAUUUCGUGUUUAACGCCUCACAAAGAACAUUGUUUUUACGGGAAUCGCUGGAAACUGAUGUUGUAAACGUAGCAAAGCCUGGCUUGCGUUUACGUUUAGGAGCUUUAUUAUGAAGUCUUUUGCAAUAAGUCUCAUUUGAGCGUAGAGAGCGUGGAGGACGCAGGGCUUGGUCGGGGCUGCGAUGCAAAGGGAUGCGCCAACGUUUCCCAUCAACCCCGGAGUUUGAUACGAGGGUAGAUGCUGACCUCCCGUCUGCUCGUCCAGUAACCCUCGCUGCUUUUAAAGUUUACAUGUGAAGGCUUGUGCUUUCAGCUUAUUUAGAAAUAAUUAAGUAGAACGAGACGCAACAAUCAUAAAAUACCAUUCUCACUCUGAACUUCACCAAAGCACAGUGAUUACAGCAGCUGCCCCCCAGAUCCUGUUGUAAUUUCUGUUAGCGGUGCCAAAAAUAAAGUCCAUAUGUGUUUAUGAGAUAUUUCAAGGUAAAUGUUAAAAUCCCUUUAUGUUGCUUUCUGAGAUGCUUCGUCAGCACAAGUUGAGGUUACUGGACGCAGCGAGAGGAGAAGGUGUUAAAUCCAGAAUAAUGAUGUGUGACUUAAAUAGAAAUCACAUGGAAGUGCCCUUCAAAGGCUCACAUGUGAAGCUAUACACAUGUUAUUGGGCCAUUUGGUUUUUUUCUGAGGAUGUGAAAAUAUUUUCAACUGUCAGCAAUAAUGUUGGGCCCCCAGAACAACCGAUUGGAAUGAUUUCAUCUCCGGGGUUUUUCUCUGUCACCGAUCAAAGGGUUUGAUUUGAUUAAAAAGGGAUGAGAGGUCGAGUCCCUGCACGUCCUAAUGAGAUGUUUUACAAAACUGCACUAAAUCCAAGUUGCUGAAGUAAAGAACAAAGCCACCGCUUCGUCUGAAGGCGCACUGAAAGAACUGAUGUGGUUGAAGUGUGAAUUUAUUUUCAUUUCAGUGGCUGCAAAAUGUAAGAUAUUGAUGACUUCUGUUCUAUUUUAAAAAUGUAAUUUAUUGCAAAUAAAUUAUUUUUCAACCAUC